AUGGAUGGUGUUGAGAAAGAGGAGCAAGACAUAGUUUUAGUGGUGAGAGCUAUCAAGACAGGGAAAGCAGGUGAGACAGAGGUCAUUAUAGGUGAUUUAAUAAAGUAUGGUGGGGAAGCAUUAAGACAAGCAUCAAUUGGGCUGUUCAGGAAAAUCCCAGAGAUAAGGAAGGUGCCUCAGGAUUGGAACAGGAGGAGGGUUACACUUAUACACAAGGGAGGAAGAAAGUCAAGGGAGGACAUAGAUAAUUACAGACCCAUAGCAGUGGUAAACAUACUAGCCAAGGCAUUUGGGUGGGUGAUAAAUGAUAAGUUGAAGACAUGGAUAAAGAAGAAUAAGGUGCUUGGAGAGGAACAGAGUGGUUUUGGGCAGGAUACAGGUGGUUUAGAAAAUGUGCUAGUUUGA